ACCUGUUUCGGACAAUCUCAUCCCUCUGAACUCUGAACUCUCUCUCACUCUCGAUGGCAGCAACAACAGCAACAGACACGAAGAAAGAGGAAGCAGAAAAAGAAGAAGAAUCGGAACAAGUGGUGACUCCAUGGGAGGUUUCAGCCAAAGACGGAGGCAAGAUCGAUUACGACAAACUCAUCGAUCGUUUCGGUUGCCAAAGGCUCGAUGAUUCCCUCAUUCAACGCGUGGAGCGUCUCACUUCUCGCCCCGCUCACGUCUUCCUCCGCCGCGGCGUUUUCUUCGCUCACCGUGAUUUCGGUGAGAUUUUGGAUGCGUACGAAAGGGGCGAUAAGUUUUACUUGUAUACCGGACGUGGACCCUCCUCCGAAGCUUUGCAUUUGGGCCAUUUGAUUCCAUUCAUGUUCACCAAGUAUUUGCAAGAUGCAUUUAAGGUUCCUCUGGUUAUACAGCUCACUGAUGAUGAGAAGUUCUUCUGGAAAAAUCUUACCAUUGAGGAGUGCGAAAGACUUGCGAGGGAGAAUACAAAGGACAUCAUUGCUUGUGGUUUUGACAUUUCAAAGACAUUCAUCUUCCCUGAUUUUGGUUAUGUUGGUGGUGCCUUCUACAAGAACAUGGCAGACAUCGCAAAGCGUGUGACUUAUAACCAGGCUGUUGGCAUAUUUGGUUUUGCUGGGGAAGAUCACAUCGGGAAAGUUAGUUUUCCACCUGUGCAGGCAGCUCCAUCAUUUCCUAGUUCAUUUCCUCACCUAUUUUCUGGCAAAGAGAAUCUUCGUUGUUUAAUUCCUUGUGCAAUUGACCAGGAUCCUUAUUUUAGAAUGACACGAGAUGUUGCUCCUCGAUUAGGAUACCACAAGGUCGCCUUGAUUGAAUCAUUAUUCUUCCCUGCGUUACAGGGCGAAACAGGAAAAAUGUCUGCCAGUGAUCCCAAUUCUGCAAUAUAUGUGACUGAUUCGGCAAAAGAUAUAAAGAAUAAGGUAAACAGGUAUGCAUUCUCUGGUGGGCAAGAUUCUAUAGAGAAACAUAGGCAAUUAGGGGCAAAUCUUGAGGUAGAUAUACCAAUCAAAUACCUUUCUUUUUUCCUAGAAGAUGAUGUUGAACUUGAACACAUUAAGGAGGAAUAUGGAGCAGGACGCAUGCUAACUGGUGAGGUGAAGCAGCGCCUAACUGAAGUUUUGACUGAAUUAGUGGAGAGACAUCGUAGGGCGCGGGCUGCUGUAAGUGAAGAGAUGGUGGAUGCAUUUAUGGCUGUCAGACCACUUCCCUACAUGUUUGAAUGAAGAAGUUAUCUCAUUACUUUUUACAACGCAGCAUCAUGGUAUUAUUGUUUGACUACUUGCAAUUGUUAAUUUUUUUUUCUUGUUUAAAAAUGAUUGUAAAGAUAGGUUAUUUUAAUACUAAUGGCCAUGGCACUAGUCACAUGUCUAGGAUCAAAAGGGUAAAUGGAGGUUCAAUGAGAAGAUUUACUGUUUGCCAUCACUUCGAAUUUUUUCGUAUGAAUGUUAAGGGAUCUAUUUGGAGCUGGAUGAUCACCAAAUGGCACUAUUGGCUU